AUGUCGCUCUACUACGAGGCGGCGACGAUUCUCGAGAACGCCGACAAGAUCGGCGGGUCGUUCAAAGCGCGCAUCUUCAAGAAAAAGGAGCUGAAGAGCAAGCCUGGACAGAUCUACGCGCUGGUGGCCGAGGCGUCGAAAUGGAGCAAGGUGCUCAAGGACGUGAUUGAGAAGUGCGCAGUGCUGAAGGAGGAGAGGAAGCUAACGCCCAUCCUCGCCCUGCUGCUCACCCACGACCUGCUGCUGAGCAAGGCCGGCGUCGCUGCGCACAGGGACCAUGUGCUCAGGCUCGCCAUCACAAGGCACAAGGCCCGGCUCACCGCGGAGAUGACCAAGGCGCGCAUCCGCCACGGAUUCCCUACGCUCGACGCCUUCCGCCUCGCGGUCAACAACGGCGAGCUGGAAGACGCGGACGAGGAAGACGCGGAGAAGACAAGACACCCGCGGUGGGUGCGCGUCAACACCAUCAAGAGCAGUCUCAGGGCGCAGCUGGACAGCACGUUCAAGGCCUUUUCCCCGGUGGAGAGCAUCGGGCACAUCCUGGCGGCACGGGGGGGCAACAAGCUCUACUUCAAGGACCCCAACAUCCCGGACCUGCUGGCGCUGCCGAGCAGAGUCGACCUCAGCAAGACGCCGGCGUACGCCAAGGGCGAGAUCAUCUUCCAGGACAAGGCCUCGUGUUUCCCCGCGCACCUGCUGGACCUGAGGGAGGAGGACGGCGACGUGAUUGACGGAUGCGCGGCGCCCGGCAACAAGACGACGCACGCAGCAGCCAUUGUGUCGGCCCACGGCAAGGAGCAGAGGGUCAUUGCCUUUGAGCGCGACAAGGGCCGCACCGCCAUCCUGCAGAAGAUGGUCAAGCUCGCCGGCGCGGAUGGCGUUGUCACCGUGAAAGGCUCCAGCGACUUCAUCGCCGCGAAACCAAACUCGCCGGAAUUCGAGCGCGUCGGUGCCAUUCUCCUCGACCCCUCCUGCUCAGGCACCGGCAUCGUCGGACGCGACGACGCCAUCAAGCUGCACCUCCCCUCCGCCACCGCCACCGCAGCGGAGCCCAGCAAGAACAAGAAGCGCAAGCGCGGCGCCGAAGCCGAAGCCAGAGCCAAACCCCCAGCGGAACCAGCACAGGACCUGACCCUCUCGCUCGACGACACGGCCGCCGAAGAAGUACCCCUCGACGCCGCAGACAAGCUCGCCGAGCGCCUGGCCGCCCUCUCCACCUUCCAGCUGCACAUCCUAACGCACGCCAUGCGGUUCCCCCACGCGCGCAAGAUCACGUACUCGACCUGCUCGAUCCACUUCGAGGAGAACGAAGGGGUGGUGUUCCAAGCGCUCGCCACGUCCGUCGCGAAAGAGCGCGGCUGGCGCAUCCUCGCGCGCGACAAGCAGGUCCCCGGGCUCAGGGCGUGGGCGCGGCGCGGACAGUGGGAGGACGGUAGAUUGAGCGGCUCGCUUGUCGACGCAGCAAGCAAGCAGGACGUGUUGGCGGGGUGUAUUCGCUGCGACAAGGCGACCGAGGAGGGCACCAUGGGCUUCUUCGUCGCGGCGUUUGUGCGGGAGGGCGACGAUCCUACCGCGGUGGACGGUGGCGUUGCAGCGACUGACGAUGGCGAUGGCGACGACGAUGACGACGACGACGACGACAACAACAACAACAACAACAACGACGACGACGAGUGGCACGGAUUCAGCGACGACGAGAAAGCCGCGCAACUCAAAGCCGUCGCAGACAAGGUGGUCGACGGCCCCAAACACGCCCAAAGCAAAGAAUCCCCAAGCAAAAGCGCCAGAGGCGUGAACAAAGACGCGAAGAACCCCCAGCCCACCCCAGCCCCAAAAGCCAAGAAGAGGCGAACGGGUAGAUAG